AUGACUUCUCCGUCUCGACGCGCCGGUUCUCAAUCGGCGUGCUCGCUCUGUCCAAUCCUUGUCAAUCCUCGCCGCCCUCUCAGAAGCUUAUCCAUUCUCUUUGGGUUAUGGAAAGCUCUCAUCUUCCUAGUAAUAGCUUUCUGCCCCGGACUUGGCUAUGACACCUCAACAAGUGUACUCCUCUAUCCAACCAGAGACUUAUCGGACGUUGAUCCAUUACACUUUCCCCUUCCACUCAGAUUUGUGAGAUGGGAUUCCAUUUACUUUGUUCACGCUGCUGAGCAUGGCUAUGUUUUUGAACAAGAAUGGGCCUUUGGGUAUGGUUAUACCAGGCUCUUGGCCCUUCUUGCGCCCGUCCUGGUUCUAUACAGGCUCUCAAUCAGCAUCUUUGGCGGUGACACUGCCAAGCAGAAGACCCUUUGCUUUCUCUCCGCUGCUUUACACAUCAUCAGUCCAGCGGGUGCAUUUCUUUCGGCACCCUAUGGAGAAGCUCUGUUUUCCCUUCUCAGCAUCUCUGGGUUCUACCUUUACUCAUCAUCGGUUCUCGAUGAUACUACCAACCACCGAUUGUCAUUGGACUUGAAACUCCUUACAGCCGCUGUACUAAUAUCAGCAGCCACAGCAGUCCGCAGCAACGGAAUUCUUGGUGGAAUUUUGUUCGCGUAUGAUGCUCUUCUACAGCUGCGGCAGAUUCUCAGUCGAGGUUUGGCAUGGGCGGUUGUCUCGCGCCUUGUGGUCAUUGUCCUCGGAGGCUGUGUCAUCGCACUGGGUAUGGCUGUACCUCAGUACAUCGCUUUUAAUGCUUUCUGCAUGAAUCCGAACGCCCCACGUCCAUGGUGUGGAUGGACCAUCCCGAGCAUAUACCGCUUUGUCCAAGAACAAUACUGGAAUGUUGGGUUCUUACGGUAUUGGGUCGUACCAAAUAUCCCUCUAUUCCUCUUAGCCUUGCCCAUGUUAGCAUUGCUUCUUCGGUCAGCUCUCUGGGCGUGGAGACUGCCAUCGAUCACCAGUAAAUUUUCAAAGAAUGGUGCCAAUGGAGCAUCAACUAAAGCCAUGUGGUUACUCCCUCGCUUGGCAAUUAUUCAAGCCCUGCUCGCUGUUCUGGCAUUCACCAGCUAUCAUGUCCAGAUCAUCAAUCGGUUAUCUUCUGGGUAUCCAUUAUGGUACUGGCACCUGGCGGCUGAGCUUAUAAGCGAUCUUGAAGACUCUCAAUCCACUAAUAAGGGCAUCAGCAUCUCUGCAGUUGCUAUCCAAGCUAUGAUGAUCUAUGGUUUGAUCCAAGCGGUUCUCUUCGGCUCGUUUCUCCCUCCCGCUUGA